UUUGUUAGCCCAAAGCAAUGAAGCACUUUACUCCUAUAUUCCCUCUUUAACUCUUUCUCUUCUUGCUUGAAACUCCCACUACCCGGCACCGACUUUUGUCCGGAAACAUAAUCAACGGUGUUGGAUUUGGAUUUCUUCUUCACUAUCUUUUCUACUUGAUUAUGAAUGGAUUGGACUGCUGUUCAUAGAUUGUGGGAUAAAUGGGCACCUGAUAAUGUAGGUUCAGGGCAACCUUUAAAGGCUGCAUUACUUGUAAACUAUGAUCCUACAGGACCCUCACGCCUCUUAUCAACCAUUGCAGAGCAAGAAGGAUAUAGAGCAGAUCCUAUUGAACUAAGUCAGUUUGUAAACUUUGUAAAACGCAACAACUUGCAGACUGAGACCUUCCUCCUUGGACCAAAUGAAUACUUGGUAACUUCAAUUCAUGAGAACUGGUUUCAUGCAAGGUGCAUGAACACAGCAAAGCCCUCAGGUGAAGGUGUCGUGGUGAUGCAGACAGCAGCAUUUCUCUUGGUAGCUCUAUAUGAAGGUUCAAUAGGAUCUGCAUCGUGUGCUGUGACUACUGCUGAUCAGUUUGCAACUCAGCUAAGUCGAAAGAGCUUUUGACUUCAAAUUGUUAGGGUGAGCGCAGAAAUGCCAGCAUCUUUUAAGAGGGUUUAUUAGUGAGAAAAACAUUUUCCAAGAAAGGUGAUUUCCCAUUUUCUUGUAUUUGGUUUGGGAAGAAUGGGAAACAGGUUUCCCAAUUGUGAAAACUACAAGUAGUUAUCUACAGAGUGUAAAGCAUUUUUUUCUUUGUUAAGGGAAGCUAUUCUUUUUGUCUUA